AUGUUGGUCUCUUCGGUGAGCUUUAUAAGUUGCAACAUACUAGACGGCCCUUCUUGGGGAGUGGCUUGUGCUGACGAAGAUGGAAGUGAUAUGGACAACCAAGCCGUAGCCGUAUCUAAACUUCUGUCGCUACCCACCGAUGACAACCAGUGCGAUUGUCAAUCCUGCACAAAUCCUGCGCAUCCGAGCGUUCAUUAUUUUGGAAGUAUUGAUGGUCAUGGAGAUUCCGUUGCGGCAGGUUUGUGGAAAGGACGCCUUCAUGAGAUCGUUGCUGAAGAAGUCAAGAGAGAGCUGGAGCAACAAAAUUUUGCGAUACUUGAGGGAUAUGGAGACUACGUCUUCGGAGAUUUGAGUAAAGGCUGCCUUCAUGACAUCGUUGACAACAGAGAGCUGGAUGAAGACGAAGAAGACUGUCAUCUCCCAUAUUGUCACUAUUAUUCUUUUGGCACCCUGAUUCUGAGAGGCCUCAGGAACAGUUUCGGAAGGAUGCAUGAUGAGGUUGGAAGUUACCGCCCGGAAGAUGAUGAGUUCUCUGAUCCGAUGGAGUUACCGAUUAUGAGAGGUGCGUCAGCUACAGUGGCCAUCGUCACCACUUGUAGAAUCCUCGUUGCAAAUUGUGGAGAUGCCCGCGUCGUGCUAUCUAAAGGAGGGAAAGUUAUUCAGAUGUCUUAUGACCAUAUACUCGACCGGGAUGAUGAGCCAGAGUUUUUUUUCAAAAUGCGUAGCAAGGAUGACGAAUGCCUCAUAAUUGCCAGUCACGGCCUGUGGAAAGUCAUAUCCAACGAGGUUGCAUGUCAGGUUGCUCGCACGUUUCUGGCGAUGGGGGCUACUGCAGAGACAACGGCCAUCUGUCUGGCGCAGAUGGCCAAAGAGAGCCGUGCUGAAGGUGCAGAAAGUUUUUCAGAAUCUGUGAUUGUUGUAGACCUCCGGCCUAGCAAUAUACAAAAUGGACAAGAUGAGUCUGCGAUGGACUAUUUUGACGGCACCACGGAUACAUUUUUCUCAAGGAUGUAG